UCUCCCAUCCUCUGUCUCCCGGUCCAUCAUCUCCUGCUCCAUCUCCUCCUACUCCUCACCUUCUGUCCCCUCCUGCUCCAUCACCUUCCAGCCCGUCACCUCCUGCCCAUCCCGUGUUGGGAGGGCAGUGCCGAGAUCCCGAGGGAUCCAUCGGAGCCCCCCGGGUUCCUCCGGGAGCCUUUUCCCCCCGCCGCCCGGGGGCGGUGGUGGCGGGGCGGGACCGGGGGCGGCCCCGGGCAGGUCCCCCUGGAGCGGCGGCGGGAGCGGCGGAGCGGAGAUGCCGUACCUGCUCAUUAGCACCCAAAUCCGCCUGGAGGCUGGGCCCACCAUGGUGGGCGACGAGCACUCAGAUCCCCACCUGAUGAGUAUCCUGGGGGCCACAAAGAGGAGCACGCUGGGGAACAACUUCUGUGAGUACUACGUGAACGACGCUCCGCGCGUGGUCCUGGACAAGCUGGAGAGCCUCGGCUACCGCGUGGUCAGCAUGACCGGCGUGGGCCAGACCCUGGUCUGGUGCCUCCACAGGGAAUAGCCAGGGAGAAUCCUGCGUUCCACCCGGACAACAUCCUGCUGGAGAUCAUCUUAUAGGACUGGCAGCAAACUUUCCCCCCUUAAUUCCUUCCUGCCCCAGACUCCAGGCACUCAGGCAGGGGGAGGAAUGGCGCAGAGGCAGAGCUGGACCCAGUGGAAUUUUGCCAUCCCUGUUCAGUUUCCCAAGAGCAGGGGGAGGAAGGUAUGCCCAGAAUCUGGCAGAGGGGACAGAUGGCUCCAGCUCUGCCUUCAGUGGGAUGGCAGUCUGGCACAUUCCAGCUUUUUACAUUUUAAUCAUGUUUUCAGCAUGCCCUGGAGGAAGCUCAGUAACAGCCCGCUUUGCCUCCUGCUCAGGGUGCCCUGGAGAGCUCCAUGCCUUCUCCUGGGCCAGGGGGUUAGGGAGGGACAGCAAGCAUGGACACCAUCCCAUCUCAUCCCUGAAAUCCAAGAGGGAACCACUAAGCCUACUUCCAGUGCUUUGAGAAUCCCUUCCCUUGGCAGCAAGGCCUGCUUCCAUCUCAGCAGCACCACCAAACUUUCAGAUCCCAGACUGCCUUCCAAGCCUAACACAGGAUUC